GCAGAGGCGGCUCUGCUUGGUUAGGCUCCGGGAGGCGGUGCGACUGACGGCGUUGGGAAGCGGACGGGCAUAGAGACCAUGUUCCGAGCGGCGGCUGCAGGGCCGAUCCGGCGAGCGGCCUCAUUGCUACGAUUUCAGAGUACCCUGGUGAUAGCCGAGCAUGCAAAUGAUACUCUAGCACCCAUUACAUUAAAUACCAUCACUGCAGCCAGACGUCUUGGAGGUGAAGUGUCUUGCUUAGUAGCUGGAACCAAAUGUGACAAGGUUGCACAAGAUCUCUGCAAAGUAGCAGGUGUAGCAAAAGUUCUGAUUGCUCAGCAUGAUGCAUACAAAGGCCUCCUUCCAGAGGAACUGACGCCAUUGAUUUUGGCAACUCAGAAGCAGUUCAAUUACACACACAUCUGUGCGGGAGCAUCUGCCUUUGGAAAGAACCUUUUGCCCAGAAUAGCAGCCAAACUUGAUGUUGCUCCAAUUUCUGACAUCAUUGCAGUCAAGUCACCUGACACAUUUGUGAGAACUAUUUAUGCAGGAAAUGCUUUAUGUACAGUGAAGUGUGAUGAGGAAGUGAAGGUGUUUUCUGUCCGAGGAACAUCUUUUGAAGCUGCAGCAACAAGUGGAGGUAGUGCCAGUUCAGAAAAGGCAUCAGGUACUUCCCCAGUGGGGAUAUCAGAAUGGCUUGACCAGAAAUUAACAAAAAGUGAUCGACCAGAGCUAACUGGUGCCAGAGUAGUGAUAUCUGGUGGUCGGGGUUUGAAGAGUGGAGAGAACUUUAAGUUGUUAUAUGAUUUGGCAGAUCAACUACAUGCUGCAGUUGGUGCUUCUCGUGCUGCUGUUGAUGCUGGCUUUGUUCCCAAUGAUAUGCAAGUUGGACAGACAGGGAAAAUAGUAGCACCAGAGCUUUAUAUUGCUGUAGGAAUAUCUGGAGCCAUCCAACAUUUAGCUGGGAUGAAAGACAGCAAGACAAUUGUGGCUAUCAACAAAGACCCAGAAGCUCCAAUUUUUCAAGUGGCAGAUUAUGGAAUAGUCGCUGAUUUAUUUAAGGUAGUUCCUGAAAUGACUGAGCUGUUGAAGAAAAAAUGAGUUCUCAUAUUUCAAGAAGGAAAAUAUGUAGAAGUAUUCAGUUGAAAUAGAAAUUCAUCAGAAAGUAUGGAGAGCUAAAUUUUGUAAUUUAAGAAAAAAUUCUCACAUAUGCCAGAAUGCUCUUUUAUGAGCCUCUUAUUAUAUUUCUUUUUAAUUAUUUGGGGUUCCAAUUAUUUCUUGAAAUUUUCUAAUUCUGUAAUAAAGUAUAUAAUAAAACAUUUCUGCAGCUUUAAAAUUACUACCAGAAAUUUGUCUACCUUUGUAAAGAAAGAACAUUUAAGAAAAGGUGUAAAAAUUUAUUUUUUUUCGCUUGUCUUGUUCAUGGAGGACUCUGUUUUAUGCAAGAUUAUAAACAUGAAUGUUCCCACCA